CGGUAGCGGAAGAGACGUGGCAGAAAUGCCAUCCGAAGAAAUGCUAACAACAUAUUGAGGAAAAUAUCUGCGCUGGGCUUCAUUUUGAUAUUCACAUCACUGUGUGGUCGUCUAGUGUUUUCAUCGAUAUCGUCAGUGUGACAGGCAGACCAUGGGUUUGUGCAAGUGUCCCAAGAGGAAGGUAACGAACCUAUUCUGCUUUGAACAUCGUGUCAACGUGUGUGAGCAUUGUCUUGUGUCCAAUCACAAUAAGUGUAUUGUGCAGUCAUACCUACAGUGGUUACAGGACAGUGAUUACAACCCAAACUGCAGUCUGUGCAGUCAGCCCUUAAAUUCUCAGGAUACGGUCCGACUUGUGUGUUAUGAUUUGUUUCACUGGUCAUGUCUAAAUGAGCUGGCAUCCCGUCAGCCCCUCUUCACGGCACCUGCUGGGUACCAGUGCCCGACAUGCCAGGGUCCUGUGUUCCCACCCCCUAACCUGGCCAGUCCUGUUGCUGACAUGCUGAGAGAACAACUGUCCACUGUCAACUGGGCGAGAGCAGGACUGGGCCUUCCACUGAUUGAGGACCCACCAGAAAGGGAAGAAACCUCAUCAACAAACGAUGUAACGUGUUACUCUGACUGGUCAAACUUUGAGACCCCUGCAGUGGAUAUGGCAAUCUCAGACCCCACCUCCACCAGUCUACCGCCCCAUCAGGAUAUGGAGCACAUCCACAAUGUCCACAAUAACGGCGAGCUGAGUGUCCAGAAUCACUCUGUCAUCAAUAUGAGCACCACCUCCACCACUGACACAAUCACCAUCAACACAGCUUCUUCCCCCAGGAAGGUUUAUGACACACGGGAUUCAGCAAACACUGCAGUCAUGCAGAUUGACUUUGACGAUGAUAAAUACCGCAGACGACCGGCCCUUAGCUGGUUUGCCCAGGUCCUAAAGAAUCGUACGGGCACUAAGAAAAAGGCCCUUACUCUGAAGCAGAGAAUCUUCAUGCUGCUGUUGGUCGGAGUGAUUGGUUUUUUCACGCUCAUCAUCAUCAUGGCCAAACUGGGGCGAGCCUCAGCUGAGGCAGACCCGAACCUGGAUCCCAUGCUGAAUCCCAACAUCAGGGUGGGCAACAAGUGACCGUUCCCCUUCUCACUUAGACUCUGUGUUUGGAUUCAGCCUGUGGUUUGGCUUUACUGGAAAAAAAUUAACUGGAAGUGCUGGAGAGAGAAAGCUCCUUGGGAUACUGGGACCAGCGUGAAGAUGUCUCCGUUUGGACUGUGGGAGAAAAGCAUGUCUUAUGGGUCUACCUGAGAGAAGUGAGAUUGGUCAGGGAGCUGGUACAAAGGCUGUUGUACAACAUUUCUCUUGAGUGAGAUGAUAUAGGCACUAUUGAAGACUUGUAGUGAGUGCAACUGUGUUUCAUUCAGUUUUGAAAUCCUCUUUUAUAAAUUUGCAUUCCCUUCUCGAAUAUUGGGAUAAACAAUUUGCAGGAUGUUUUGCAAUCAAUCCUUUAAUUCUUCCUUUUUAUGCAUAGAAUUCAUUGGGUUCACUCAAUGGAAAUGAACAGCAGAGGGAAUAUAUGUGAGGUGUCACAAAUGUACAUUUUACUAUUGGCAGAUUUGGUUACCAGACUCCCUGCUUCUGAAAAAUGCUCUGCAUAUUUUUUCUUGUGUGCAGUUGAUUGUAAAACAGAUUUUGUGUAGCAUUUGGAGAACGGUUAGUUGAUUUCAUACUAAAUCCUAAACCAAAUGACUACAGAAAUAUUAAUAAAUGCUAAAUGCUUUAGUAGAUACAGCCCGAUAUAUGCAGAUGCAAACUGAACACAGGAGAAUCUCACGAAAAAAUAUCUAGGUCAUAUUUUAGCGCAAAAUCAAAGGUAAAUAAAAAAGAGAAAUUAUAUUUUGCUUCAGUAACCUGAAGCCUAUUUUUAGUUCCAUUGUGUCAUUUUUUUCAUGACAAUUAAAUGCAUUUUCUCCCCAAAAUCUAGUUCUCAACUUUAAUACAAUAAUGAAAAUCAUCCUGUCUAGACACUGAUUUUUUAUUUUAUUUAAUUAUUAAAAUUAGCAUAUAUCAGCAUAGAAAAAUCAGUAAAAAAAAAAAAAAAGAAAACCUUGAUGUAUACUACGUACAAUUGUAUUUUGUAGGUGUACUUUACAAUUGAAUUAUAAAUAAUAUUUUGUUCUGGAUUACAUUAGGCUACUGACAGUUGGGAGAGGAAAUAAUCUUUCUUUUUUCUUUUUUUUUUUCUUUUUUUUGAUUUUGGGGUUAAAUAUGACCUGGGCAUUUGUAGAUGGUUUUUAAAAGAUUCACCCUAACAGCCUUUAUAAACUUUAGAAGAAUGUACAGUGUAAUGUAAACAUUCACAUCUGCAACCUAAAGCUCAAAUAUAUCUGUAGUUACACAUUGAUAUGCUAUUUUUUCCACACUUUUAGUCUGAAGCUUUCUGUAUCCUUCAACUCCUCCUACAUCAAGAAAAUGAUCAUCUAUGUUUUUCCCUACCGAUAUUCCUUAUUGGAGUGCAUUGAAUCAUUUGUUUGUGGCACACUACAUACAACUUUCUCCUCUGGAUCCAUGGUUUCUCACUUUGUCAUAUUGUACACAAUGAUAUAUAAUAUAUGACUCAUUCUGAUUUUUUUGUUUGAGUAUCAUUUACAUGUAAAACGUUUCACUGUAAUAAUCUUUCCCUGACUGUUGUCAGCCAGUAGUAGCAAGUCUUGAGCUGCCAGUGGUGGCAGUGGCAGGUGAUGGCAGGAAGUGACCUGUCAGCAGGUGGGUAACAGGAGGCUAUCUGCCAUUGGCAAGUGGCAAUAUACUACAGCUGAAGUCAGACAUUUACAUACACUUAGGUAGAAGUCAUUAAAACUCAUUUUUUUUAACCACUCCACAGAUUUCAUAUUAGCAAACUAUAGUUUUGGUAAGUCGUUUAGGACAACUGCUUUGUGCAUUACACGAGUCAUUUUUCCAACAAUUGUUUACAGAUUGUUUCACUUUUCAUUGACUAAAUCACAAUUCCAGUGGGUCAGAAGUUUACAUACACUAAGUUAACUGUGCCUUUAAGCAGCUUGGAAAAUUCCAGAGAAUGAUGUCAACCCUUUUAUACAGUUAGCCAAUUACUUUCUCAUAGGAGGUGUACUGAACUGGAGGUGUACCUGUGGAUGUAUUUUAAGGCCUUCCUUCAACCUCAGUGCCUCUUUGCUUGACAUUUUGGGAAAAUCAAAAGAAAUCAGCCAAGACCUCAGAAAAAAACAUGUGGCCCUCCACAAGCCUGGUUCAUCCUUGGGAGCAAUUUCUAAAUGCCUGAAGGUACCAUGUUCAUCUGUACAAAAAAUAGUAUGCAAGUAUAAACACCAUGGGACCAUGCAGUCAUCAUACCGCUCAGGAUGGAGACGCAUUCUGUCUCCUAGAGAUGAACUUAGUUUGGUGCAAAAAGUGCAAAUCAAUCCCAAUCCACAAGGACCUUGUGAAGAUGCUUGAGGAAACAGACAAGUAUCUAUAUCCACAGUAAAACGAGUCCUAUAUUGACAUAACCUGAAAGGCUGCUCAGCAAGGAAGAAGUCACUGCUCCAAAACCACCAUAAAAAAGCCAGACUACAGUUUGCAAGUGCAUAUGGGGACAAAGAUCUUACUUUUUGGAGAAAUGUCCUCUGGUCUGAUGAAACAAAAAUUGAACUGUUUGGCCAUAAUGACCAUCGUUAUGUUUGGAAGAAAAAGGGUGAGGCUUGCAAGCCGAAGAACACCAUCCCAACCGUGAAGAAUGGGGGUGGCAGCAUCAUGUUGUGGGGGUGCUUUGCUGCGGGAGGGACUGGUGCACUUCACAAAAUAGAUGGCAUCAUGAGGAAGGAAAAUUAUGUGGAUAUGGUGAAGCAACAUCUCAAGACAUCAGCCAUGAAUUUAAAGUUCGGUCACAAAUGGGUCUUCCAAAUGGACAAUGAUUCCAAGCAUACCUCCAAAGUUGUGGCAAAAUGGCUUAAGGACAACAAAGUCAAGGUACUGGAGUGGCCAUCACAAAGCUCUGACCUUAAUCCGGAAGAACUGAUAAAGCGUGUGCGAGCAAGGAGGCCUACAAACCUGACACAGUUACACCAGUUCUGUCUGGAGGAAUGGGCCAAAAUUCCAGCAACUUAUUGUGAGAAGCUUGUAGAAGGCUAUCCAAAAUGUUUGACCCAAGUUAAACAAUUUAAAGGCAAUGAUACCAAAUGCUAACAAAGUGUAUGUAAAUUUCUAACCCACUGGGAAUGUGAUGAAAGAAAUAAAAGCUGAAAUAAAUCAUUCUCUCUACUAUUAUUCUGACAUUUCACAUUCUUAAAAUAAAGUAGUGAUCCUAAUUGAUAUAAGACAGGGAAUGUUUUCUACAAUUAAAUGUCAGGAAUUGUGAAAAACAGAGUUUAAAUGUAUUUGGCUAAGAUGUACGUAAACUUCUGACAUGGCAAACGCAAGACCUGUCAGUGCAGAGAUUUCUGUGGGCACCUCCCCAUUCAACCUUGGUGAAAAAGGUCACAUAUCAAAUUUAUACAUUUUAUGGUUAUGGACAUUAGCUUUAUUUCAAGACGUGCUUUAAUUUUUGUUAUUAUACUGGAGGGUGUCUUUGGGUAUGAGGCCAUUUGGUGAAGAUUUGUGGAAUUAUUAAAUGGAUUUAAAAAUGAUGUGAAAAUAACUGCACACAUUGCAUAAUUAUUAAAUGAAAUACUAAGGAUGAAA